AUGGGAGACUCCGCCACGACCAACGGCAACGGCCACGCCGCCGCCGACAACUCCUUCGCCGUCAAAGCCGGCCUCGCCCAAAUGCUCAAGGGCGGCGUUAUCAUGGACGUCGUCAACGCCGAGCAAGCCCGCAUCGCCGAAGAAGCCGGCGCCGUCGCCGUCAUGGCCCUCGAGCGCGUGCCCGCCGACAUUCGCAAAGACGGCGGCGUCGCUCGCAUGUCCGACCCCUCGAUGAUCCAAGAGAUCAUGGCCGCCGUCACCAUUCCCGUCAUGGCCAAGGCUCGCAUCGGCCACUUUGUCGAGUGCCAGAUCCUCCAGGCCAUCGGCGUGGACUACAUUGACGAAAGCGAGGUGCUCACACCCGCCGACCCGACCCACCACGUCGACAAGAGCGUCUUCACCGCACCGUUCGUGUGUGGAUGCAGGAAUCUGGGUGAGGCAUUGAGGAGAAUCGCAGAGGGCGCGGCGAUGAUCCGGACAAAGGGCGAGGCCGGCACGGGAGAUGUCGUCGAGGCGGUGCGACACAUGCAGACGGUGAACCAGGAGAUUGCCAAAGCCAGCACGGCAAGUGAUGCGGAUCUCAGGAUGAUGGCGCGAGAGUUGGAGUGUGACUUGGGACUGCUCAGACAGACGGCACAGCUGAAGAGAUUGCCCGUGGUCAACUUCGCAGCGGGAGGUAUUGCGACACCGGCGGAUGCGGCGUUGAUGAUGCAGUUGGGUUGUGACGGUGUGUUUGUCGGCAGUGGGAUUUUCAAGUCGGGCGAUGCGGCGAAGAGGGCCAAGGCGAUUGUGCAGGCGACUACGCACUACAAUGACCCGAAGGUGUUGAUGGAGGUCAGCAUUGGCCUGGGUGAGGCUAUGGUUGGUAUCAACUGUGGAGAUAUGCGCGAGCAGGAGAAGUUGGCGAAGCGUGGAUACUAG